CCCUCACCCGUGCGCCAGCAGUCUACUACCCCUACCGGUAAUGCCUUCGUAGAGGGUAACAGCGUCGACAGCGUCGACGCUCAUGAUGUCGAGUUUCUCCUCUCCGGCGUCGCGUCUCCCACAGCGCCCACACCCGCCCUACCUCGCUUCCGUAUGAUGACGGACCGCGAGCGGCGCAAUGCCAUGACCCGCCUCGCCCAAAUUCCUCCCCGCUCCUCGCCCUUCCUGCGCCCGCUCCGUCGGCAGCUGGGCAAUGACCGCGGAUCAAUCUUGUCAUGGGAGCAGCUCGCAAACAAACAAAACAUUACAGGAGAGGAGAUCCCCGCGCCGUUCCGAUCUGGCGCUGUCUCCCCAAGUCCGACCUUGAGUGCGAUGCCAUCGCCAGGUGGCUAUGGGUCGAUCUCGCAGGUUCUACUGCCCGAUGUCACGCCCUCGCCCGCAAUUCACAUCAAAACCGAUCUAUUCGACGUGUCUGGGGAGGCUUCCGCAGAAGACAACGCGGGUGUUACCCUCCUCCGUCUGCAGCUCGCUUCUGUCGAGACGAAGGCGCGCGACAGGCUCGCCGAGAUCGAGUCGCUCGAGAGCCAGCUGCAGACUACGAAGGCGGCGCGCCUCCGUGAUACGGAGGAGCUCGCCAAGCAAGUAUCAGAGCUGGAGGCGCGAGUGCACGGAAAUUUGUACGUCGAUGCUGAGCGCAUGGAGUACAUCACGUCGCUCGAAAGCCAGAUCCAUCAGGCCCAGGCCGUCCGGGAGCAGGCCAUCCAGGAGGCCCUCCAGCAGAUGCAGGAGCGCGUGCAAGUAUCUCACUUCGCUGCGCUCAGCGUGCAGCAGCAGAAGAUGACUGCCGCGUGGAGCUCAGUCCGGGACGUCGCUGAGGGGGAACUCGAGCUCAUUCGCUCGAAUCGGAUACACUUGCCCCACCAGCAGCUUGCUUAUGCAAGCGCUUGAAAUCUUGGGAACACUUCACACCUUCGUUAGUGUUUUGCUCACACGUUCGUUGUAUUCCCAUAUCUGUAUUUGUAGCGAUGCGGACAAUUUGCCACAUCUUCCCGCCAUGAUCUUUCUACGCUCACGGAACCUGGAGCCAUACAUAUCCUCAUGACAUUACGGGCAUAUAUCGAGAGAGAUGUACAUAUCAUAACUUAAAAGCCAAGAAAGAGGUAUACGAUUAUUCA